CAAUGGUGAACACUGCCUCUUGAUCUUUUAUUGACGGCGACCCUUUAUCUUACUGAAAUUGUGGAAUACCUGAUCAUUGUUCUCCGACGCCCAACAUUCCAGCAAAACACAAAUUACAGUAUCUUUCAUUCUGUGGCUUAAGCAAUUGACUUUGAACGAUGCGCGCCUUCGCAGCUCUCCUCAACACUCUGUUGUUCAAAAGAAGGCCUUGGAAUGGGCAAUCUCGAAAUUUCUCAUCGUUUAAUGGAAAAGAUGAAGCCUCUCUUGAACAGGAAGCCGAGAGGAAAAUAGGAUGGUUGUUGAAACUCUUCUUUGCUGGCACUGCAACUUUCGUUGCUUAUCAGUUCUUUCCUUACAUGGGAGACAAUUUGAUGCAUCAAUCUGUGUCACUUUUGCAUGUUAAGGAUCCAUUGUUUAAGAGAAUGGGGGCUUCUAGAUUGGCCCGUUUUGCAAUUGACGAUCAAAGAAGGAUGAAAAUAGUUGAGAUUGGUGGAGCUCAAGAGCUCUUAAAUAUGUUGGGUUCCGCUAAAGAUGAUCGAACUCAGAAAGAGGCGCUGAAAGCUCUUAGUGCACUGUCAAAAUCAGAUGAAGCAGUCAAAGCUUUGCACAAUGCUGGGGCAAUCUCAGCUAUAAAGUCUACCCCCGACACCUUUGAAGAUGCUGAAAUCGGGACAUACAAAUCGAACUUACUGAAGAGAUUUCAAGAUUUGAGAUGUGAUAUUUCAUCUUGAAAAGUUUUUAACUCUUUGAAUUCGGGGCUGAGGAGAAUUUAGGUAAAGAAGCCUUAGCAUUGAAGAAAAGUCUAUCCUAUAGGAACAUGAGAAUUUGAUUGUAUAAUUUUGCUGAUCAUAGAGUUUGAAAUUAACGCCAUGUGUCCGUUUCUUUCAUCAGUGGA